AUGUAUGGCCGAUCCUUUUAUUUUCCAUGUCGUGAUUUGUUAGUGCUUUUAGAAGCACGCUAUUUGCAUCUACGUGAGUUGACACUGCGUUGUUCAGAGCUUCAUGACUUUCAUUAUGCUGCUAUUGGAAAAUGUGAGUUAUUAGUUACACUGCAGUUGUAUUCAUGUUGGCUAAUGUCUGAAGCAGGUGCAUUGCAUGUGACACAGCCCCCAAUGCUGCGCUCUUUACAUAUCACUAGUGCAAGAAUGGUCAGAUCUGCAGCCCUUAGUAACUUUCUGGCCCAUCUGCCUAGAUUAUUAGAAGAACUUGUUUUAAGUGGCAGUGCAUUCAAUGACAGCCAUGUUAAAGCACUACAAAAUCUUCCAAUGCUACGUGUUUUAGAAUUAUGGAACUGUCAGCUAUCAGGUGCAGGUGCAUUGGUAUUGGCAAAUGUUGUACCAUCAUUGCACAUCCUUGAUCUAGACAUUACACUUACUAAUGAACAAAUUAAAGUGCUAGAUAAUCAUCCUAACCUUUUGAGUGUGAGAUGUCUUACUGAACAAUCAAACAAGCAUUACUGUAGACCCUUUAAUGUAUCAAAAUAUGGGGAGCUUCAAACACAUCAUGUUAAAAUCCAAAGGACAAAUGAGAACUACUCUCAUAAAUAUUUUAGGAACAAUGGUGAAGGUUAUUGCGCUUCUCUUUUCUAUUACUGGACUCAAAAAAUGUGCUUACAACCUUAUAUAUAUUAA